AUGGACACACUUAACUCGGACACGAUGGAGUCGACUCGAAGCAAUAGCUACGAAGACGUUAGCGACCCCAUCAAGCCCAUUCGCCCUGUCAAGCCCAUUUGCCCCUUCAAGCUGGUCAAGAUGAACCCCGGAGUCACUCCGUUCCGCUUCAUGGAUUUGCCUCGCGAGCUGCGCAACUUGGUUUAUGAUGCCCUCUGGAGACAGAGCCCACUUAUUGCCACUACAUACGUCCUCAAGAGUGCCCAAGAAACAAACAGCGGCUUCUAUAUCCGGAGGGGGUUGGACAAGUCUUUCACGGAUGAAUGCGAGGACUUCUAUCUAAAGAACAUCGACGAUAAUUCGGAGGGUGACGGUGAAUACGAGCUUCGCACCCAGUACAAGAACGAUACUGCUCAGGAGGAGUAUAUCCGGCACCGUGAUCAUCCUAUGCGACUCGAAGUCCAAUACGACGACGCAGCAGAUAAGAACACGGAAGUUUCAGGAUUGCCUGACUGGCUCCUGGCUAACAACAUUAUCCUGGACGAAGGUCUCGACCAAUUCCGUCUCAAAGCUCAACACUGGGUCAUAGGCCGGCCUCUCCCUGGAUCCGCGUUGCAUAAAGGGUCAUCAAAAUCUUCACUUCUGAGCCCUUCAGGUGCAGAGAAGCUCACAUUCGAAGGACGUUCUCUCCAAAAGCGCGACACCGAUCCUGAAAUCCACCCUAGUCGUUCUGUACAUCGCCUGAACCGCUCGGCCGAUCGAGCACUAGCCAUCAUUGUCGGGAGUUUCAAAGACCUAAAGCACCUCCGACUUCGACUUUGGAUACCUGCAAAACUCCUCACCUCCGGAUAUUCUCCCCUGGGGUGGAAGGUGGAUCUCUCGUGCUUGCAGCACGGCAACCUACGGCUUGACAAGCUCGAAGUUGUCAUUUCAGGAGGGCUUGUAUAUAUCAAGAAUCCUUUUGAUACGGCGAAAUACAACCAAGUUCUGAGUGCUUUCAAGGACGAGAUCUUCCGAGUCGGCGAGGCAGUUGUGCAGGGGCAAGGGGAAGGACAGCUCACGUUUCGGGAGGAUGUCAAGGUUCCGAAGCCAGUUAACUACGGCUCCGGAGGGCACGGCCUUUCGCAGGUAGCACUCCCCCUUAUCAAUCGUGGCCUACAUGCACCAUUCCAGCCGAGGGAUGCAUUGAGUUGGCGGUUCGAGUUCACUAAAGCUAGUGUCAGUGAGAAGCACAAAUAG